CUUUCUCUCAGCGACCUGCCAUGCCCCGUUGCUUAACACAGGGAGCGUGAGGUCAAGGGGGCUUGGGAGCCCACGGAACCAGGGCACGUGUCUUGGCGUGGCAGACCCGAUUGAAACCUUGAUCACCAAUGAGAUAAGGUUUGAGGUCUCUGCCCAAAGGGAGCUAUGAGUGAUUGCACUGGAGGAAAAUUUUUGUAUCCCUGUGUUGUGUGAGCAUGAGGUGUCCCUCUCAUCUGGGAUGCAGGCACUGAGAAGAUGCUCCAAACCAGCAACUAUAGCCUGGUCCUUUCCUUGCAGUUCCUACUGCUGUUCUAUGACCUCUUUGUCAACUCCUUCUCGGAGCUGCUGCGCAUGGCGCCCGUCAUCCAGCUUGUGCUUUUCAUCAUUCAGGAUAUUGCCAUCCUCUUCAACGUCAUCAUCAUCUUCCUCAUGUUCUUCAACACCUUCGUCUUCCAGGCUGGCCUGGUUAAUCUUCUGUUCCAGAAAUUUAAAGGGACCAUUGUCCUGUCAGCAGCUUACCUUGCCUUGAGCAUAUCCUUCCACAUCUGGGUCAUGAACCUCCGCUGGAAAAAUUCCAAAUAUUUUGUGUGGAUAGAUGGGCUGCAGACUCUCUUUGUUUUCCAGAGAACGGUGGCUGUGCUAUACUACUACUUCUAUAAGAGGACGUCUCUGCACUUGGGAGAUCCACGUUUCUACCAGGACUCUCUUUGGCUGCGGAAAGAGUUUGCACAAGCGCACCGUUGACAGCUGCUUCUGGAUCAUUUGGCUCAGAGGCCAGUUUGCUAGAAUGUGCACAGAGAUUUUACCAGUGUCUUGCAAGUUCCCCUCCACCCGCUACAAUUUGUCUCCUGCACUCAAGUUCUAAAUCUCAUGUGGUCAAAUGACUUCAUCAGUUUCCUA